AUCGCUUGAUGUGCCGCGGAUAUUUGAAAACAGAAAUGGCCGAAGCUUUGGCUGUGCUGCAGCGCUGUGAUGCGACUCUCCUGGAUCCCUGCAGAGACUCGGAGCAUCCGGACUGUUCUGAAGCAGCCAGGAUGGUCCUACACCUGACGGACAGCCGUCGUGUCCAGAAGGUUCUGGGUCGUCAGCUGUUUGUUCUGGACUCCGUGAUGUCUCUACUGGAGGGUCUGGAGUCUGCCCAGCAACUGAUGACACAACCCUGCCCCCCCCAACCUGAGGGCGGGGCUCGGGGCAGGUGGAAGGCCCUGAAGGCAGAGAGCAGGUCGGGGGUGGAGGAGACGGAGGCUCUGCUCAGAUCUCUGCAGGACAGAAUCCAACAGAUGAACAACAGAAGACACACACUGACACACCUGAUCCAACAGCUGCACAGCAAGAGGCAGCAUCAUGAACAGCUGGCAGAGUCUCUGCUGAAGGCCCAGAAUGCUUUGCAGUCAUGUGAUCAUCAGCUGACCAAGCUGAGGGCGGAGUCAGAGGUGGCGCUCAGUCACCUGAUCAGCUGGCAGCGACUCAGAGAUGAGCUGCAGGUGAGCGUCUCCGCCGUACAGGAAGUCAUGCAGAUCAACCUGCUGUCCUUCAACCAGUCAGAGCUGUGUGUGGAGCUCAGGCCACGCCCUCCCUCUCACCUGUCCUCCAAUGAGCUGGAGCCGCUGAGGCUGAUGGUCACCUGGAGCCACGACAACCGCUUCAGACUGCAGGUGGACGAGGGCUCAGCUGGUCUGGUGGAGGACUGCAUGUCGGGCCGACGGUCCGAGCUGAGAGCCACCCUGCUAGAGAUCAUGCAGUGUUACGUUGGUCAGGUGGAGCUGCUGUCUGAGAUCCAGAGAUUAAGAUCCAGUUUUGCCAUCGACUGGCAUCCCGCUCAGCGUGUGCUGGUCUACCUGAAGUCGGCGUCGUUGGUGUGUCACCUGGAGGUGGAGGAGGGAUACCCGAGCAGCGGACGAGCCCGGCUGCUGUCAGUACGGAGGGACGGACAACCUGUUGACACACCUGGACUGAAGCCUGACAGAACUGACCUCAGUCUGACUGAGUGGUUGGUGUUUCUGUGCAGCAGUCCUCUGAUCUGACUCCCUGUCUGUCUUCUCUGUCUGUCUGUCGUCCCUCUCAUGUCCACUAGAUGUCUGUCUUUCUCUCUUUUACAUUCCACCAACAGCAGCUUCAGACUCAGCUGUGACAAUGAUUCAGACUCUCCUCUCUCGUUUGUUCCUGUUGGUUUUUUAUAUAAAAAUAAAUAAACACUUUUUCAAACAAGAAAAAA